AUGUCGCUCGAAGGAACCAGCCAUGACCCAACCAAAACGGAGAUCUCCGACUGGUCUUAUGUCUCCGAGGGUGGCGCGACGAUGGUCUUCUCCUAUGUCGGCGCCCCACAUCCCGUCUUCAGUCAUAGCGUAAUCCGUGUGCGCAAGGCGCCGCUCAACAAACGCGAUUUGAUUAACGAUAUCGAUGAAGAAGAGCCUGAUGAUCCAUCGAUUGCCUUUCAGAACGAGGUUACAGCACUGCUCAUCCCCGCGAUCCAUCUCCCGCGUCUCGAGUCAGUCCACGUGACCCGCGAGUGGUUGAACGAGCUCUCGAUCUCCGCACAGUCGAAGCGACCCGAGCUGAGAAAGGCAGCCGAUGAUAUUGACCUAAGUAGGCGCAAGGCGGUCAUUGCAACCGACUUGGUAGGAGGUAAAGGAUGGGCUGUAGAAAUCAAGCCAAAAUGGGCCUUCUUGCCCAAUCCUGCAUAUCUGUCAUCCGAAACAAGGGAAAGCAAGAUGAAUAACUGUCGCUUCUGUAUGCACUCUAUCCACAAGACUGCAGGAGGUGAAACCGCUGCCGUUGGCUAUUGUCCUCUAGACCUUUUCUCCGGAGAAGAGGGGCGUGUAUCAAAAGCUCUACUCUGCUUGUGGAGGUCCUGGGUUGAGAAGGAUGGUAACAUUAACAAUCUCAAGAUAUUUGUUGGCGGAUCACUGAUAAAACCCGAACAAGCUCUAAGGCAAUUAGCCCCUCUCCUUGGGCAGCCCGAUGCAACCGAUAUCAACGCCCUGUUUCCAGCCUUUAAUCAGAAGCUGCUCCCACUAUUGACCCAAACGAAGCUCUUAUCGAUCAUGGCUGGACUUCAGCGGACGUUGGAUGCGCUUGACCUCGAAGGGCUCUCCCGGCUCUGGAAAAUCAGGCAAGGAGGAGAAUCGCCUCUCGGCACAGGCCUGACGAAUCCAAGUAUGGAGGAGUGGGUCGCGUUUGUCAAGGAAUAUAUCGCUACCAAUCAAGGGAGGGAUUAUUCCGCGGUACCACUGGAAUCCAUGAGUAGCGAGCAAAUGAGAUUCUUUAUUAUGUCGUACCUCAUGAGUACGACAUUCAAAGAUUGCUCAGUGAUCCUGCGUGUCGGUUCCGAUGUUCCAAACAGCAUCACCGCCAUCGAUUUAGACCCUAAGCAAAUCGAUAGACUUCAUAACUGGGAACUACAAGACCGUGAUAUUGUGGCCAAUUUUCAAGAGAGCGUCGCAGAAGGCUGGGUCAAGAAGGACCCGUGUGUGGAUGCGGGAAGUUCGCAGUAG